ACGAACCGAGUUCGUGAAAAUGUGCCUAGGAUAUUUAUGGCUGACCAUCUGCCUCUGCCUGCUCCUGCAACAGGAUCUUCGCCAGGAUCUGGCUCAGGCAGCCCACAUCCUGGGUAUAUUUCCCUACCGCCACAUUUCGCCAUAUCUUGUGAUGCAGCCUUUGGUUCGGACAUUGGCAAAGAGAGGUCACAAUGUGACUCUAAUCACACCGAAUGAAAUGCCAAACGAUAUCGAGGGAAUUCGACAUAUACGCGUUGCUCAGCUCAACGAGUGCAUAAAAGAAAUGCUUGAGUUUGACCAAGUGCUUGACUUUAUGAUUAACAAAUGGACGGAGAGCGCACUUACGGCAAAAGCGCUUUUUAAUGCCUCCCACGAUAUUCUAAGUGAUCCUGGCGUCCAAAGGAUGCUGCAUGACAGAAACGAGAGGUUCGACCUGAUCAUCAUGGAACCAGCUAAUCUAGACGCCCUUUAUGGCCUGGUUGAGUACUACAAUGCCAGCCUGAUAGGAUUAUCCAGCAUACGGAUUAACUGGCACACCGACGAAUUGGCCGGAAAUCCAGCCCCAUCCAUAUACGAGCCCAUAUCUCCGGUUGGCUAUUCCCUGGAAACAUCGUUGUUAAGUCGAAUAUAUAAUUGGAUUCAUAUAAUGGAAGAAAAGUUGGUGGAAUAUUUGAUCUUACGACCAGCUCAGCUACACCUAUUUCAGAAGUUCUUUGGCUACUCCGCACAAAAGAUGAGUGAGUUAAGAUCCAGAUUCUCGCUGAUGCUAAUCAACAGCCACUACAGCAUGGGUAAAGUGAGAGCCAAUGCACCAAACAUUAUCGAGGUGGGAGGACUUCAUCUCAGCGAGCCCCCGGAACUAUGUGAUGCGAAGCUUCUGAAAUUUCUGGACGAGGCGGAACAGGGAGUCAUUUACUUCUCGCUGGGCAACGACAUUCUGAUUAAGUUUCUCCCUGCAAACAUUCAGGAGCUGCUACUGCAGACGUUUGCUAAGCUAAAGCAAAGAGUUAUUUGGAAGAACGAACUAUUAGAUAUGCCCAACAAAUCGGUCAAUGUAUAUGUUAUGGAACAGACCCCUCAGCGCCAGAUUUUGAAUCAUCCAAAUGUCCGACUUUUCAUAACAAACGGAGGGUUACUGAGUGUGAUUGAGGCGGUGGACAGUGGAGUUCCAAUGCUGGGACUACCUAUGUUUUUUGACCAAUUCGGUAAUAUGCGCUGGGGACAGCUAUCCGGAAUGGCAGAAGUCAUUGAUAUCAACUCUCUGAACGAAGAUAUCCUAACCGAAACCAUAAAAUACAUGCUUGGAAACCAGAGUUAUUCACUGAAAGCCAAGGAAAUGUCGCAGUUCUUCAAGGAUCGGCCCAUGAAUCCGUUGGAUACGGCUGUUUGGUGGACGGAGUACGCCUUACGGAACCGGAACAUUACUCGAAUGCGCCUUAACUUGGAGGAGGUUCCAUUGCUUGAAUACUACAGAAUAGACAGUAUUUUAGCAUUUAGCCUGCGAUUUGGAUUAGUCGCUGUAGCGCUGAUCUUUUUGGUUUACACCUUGUUUCUGAAAAAUCGUCAGACCUAGACGAUUGCAUCCAUAAUAAAGUCACGGCAUUUGCAGACUCGAUAAUUUGUAUAUAGGGCAAUUUAUAGUGUU